AUGGACCUGUCAUCUUUAGUAAUUUGUAUACUGUUAGAAGUUCUGGCUGUAAACUGUCAAGACGUGCCACAGGAACGUAUAGUGGGAGGAUAUGCACCAGUUCCACAUUCAAUCAAGUACAUUGUGUCGAUACAGACAACACAGCGUCAGCACUUAUGUGGGGGCUCCUUGAUAAAUAAGUACUGGAUAAUCACAGCAGCACACUGUAACAUUGGAGUUAACAAUAUGAUGAUAGUAGCAGGUGACUACUCUCUAACCAUCAAUGAGGGCACGGAGCAAGAAAUGCUUCCUCAACUUUUGUUUCCCCACCCUGAGUACAACGACACCACCACCGACAAUGACAUCAUGCUUAUAAAGCUGAGGGCCCCGGUCCAUCUGAACAGCUACAUUUCCAUCGCUUUGCUGCCCCGGCAGAACGCCUCCGUAGCAGUGGGCAGAAUGUGUCGAGUGUCAGGAUGGGGGUACACCAGCGCCAGUGGAGGCCAGAUCCCUGCCACCCUCCUCACUGUCCUGCUGCCCAUCGUGUCCACAGAACAGUGCAACAGCAGCAAGUCCUUCAAUGGAAGCAUCACGGAUAACAUGCUCUGUGCCGGUUACAGUACUGGUGGAAAGGAUGCAUGUCAGGGGGACUCUGGGGGUCCACUUGUAUGUGAGGGCCGGGUCUAUGGCUUGGUGUCCUGGGGGAUAGGAUGUGCUGAUGCCCAGUUUCCUGGAGUCUACACUGCUGUAUCCAAGUUCCGCAGGUGGAUAGACAACACCAUAUUUAGCUACUACAGUAGGUGUAACAAGGACUAA